AUGACCACCCUGUUGUAUUUGCGUGGACAUGUUUCGUGUUCGGCUUUAAAAAACGCUCCUCUUCUUUGGUUGUGUCGACGUCCGAAACAACUGGCGAUCAGCGGACUACAACGCAGAGGACGACCUCCAAGCCCGGCCGAACUCGUCACAAAUUCUGCGUCGACACGCUUGCCUGAGUUUGUGUACGAUUCGGAAAAUGCAAAAGCUCAACUAAUCGUCUCCAAACUCGGCGCCGUCACAUACGCCCGUUUCACGAACCAUAUUUUCCCUAAAAGAGCAUGCGAUGCUCCUUUAACGGACACCGUGGCUGUUCCGAAGGAAUUGUUCGGACAUAAUACGUCAGUAUCUGCGAGACGCUACGCUUACCUCAAAACACAGCAAAAUGAGGAAGGUCUCCGUGACUACACCGGACUGGUCAAUCAACGCCAUGUCAUGGCUGAGUUCAAUGACGGUACACCUAAGCAAAUGAAAUGCUUCGUAUGGAUAUAUCGACUUGUCGCCUCGCAAGAUGCCGAUGUUCGCGUUCGUGCCCUUCGCAAGAUAGAGGACAACCCUCAAACCACGCUAGAGGAGCUUGCUGCCGAAGCACAACAUUUUCUCGACAUUCGUCAGGAUGCCGCACUCCUCGCACGAUCAAGUGUACUGCACGUCAACGUCGUGGAUUCGCAAAAGAGUCGAAGUCGUGAGCCGCCGUCACCUUGUUUUCAGUGUGGAGCCAAUCACUGGUCUAGAGACUACAUAUUAGUAAACAAGAGAUGCCCCGACUGCAGACGCUCUGGACACAAGCGAGGAUUCUGCAAAAAUUUCCCGGAGAAGAAGAAGCGGAAUCCAAAACAGAAGCGAAAAUCUGCCAACACCGUCACUAUAGCUUCGACUCGUGCUGACGUCGCUGUAAACCGUAUCUACCGUAGAGUACAGAUUAAUGGGAAGAAAACUGGACCGGCCAUGGGUCGACCGAAGCUGCAAUCACCCCGUCUGACACUGAAGUCUGCCAACAACGAAGUGAUCAACGUUCGUGGAUGCUACGAAUGCAACUUCACCACUGAUGGUCAUGGAGGAUAUGGUACUUGCCAUGUAGCCGACACGUCGCCGCUGUUGGGCUUAGAUUGGAUCGCCCGACACGAGCGACUGUUCCGUAACCUGACAGAAGGCUCCAUCUGCAACUCUUCAAGGACACUCAGCACCUUGAAUUCUUCUCUCGCAACGCACCUGAGGAAGAAGUUCCUAGCAGUCUUCGUUCCUGGACUGGGAUGUUGUACAAAGUCAAAGGUUAAAUUCGCUCUGAAGCCUGACUCCAAGCCUGUCUUUCUGAAAACUCGCUCGGUGCCUUAUGCUGCUAUGCCAAGGAUUUCAACCGAAAUCGAUCGAGUUGUGUCUAUACAUGUGCUGGAGCCCGGUGAUCAUUCAGAAUGGACAGCACUCAUUGUCGUCGUUCAGAAGAAAAAUGGAUCGAUCCGUCUUUGCGCCGACUACUCAACCGGACUGAACGAUGCACUAGAACAAAACCAGCACCCGCUUCCAACCCCAGAGGACACUUUCACGAAACUCAACGGAGGACGCUACUUUUCACAGCUCGACUUAGCCGAAACAUAUCUCCAGUUGGAAGUGGACGACGUCUCAAAGCAGCUACUCACUAUCAACACGCAUCGUGUACUCUAUCGCUUCAACCGACUACUAUUUGGAGUGAAACUACCUCCUGGGAUAUUCCAACAAUGUAUGGAUGCUCUUAUCGCUGGAUUAGAUGGAACUGCCGCCUAUCUCGACGACAUAUUGGUUACUGGUAGAGCCUUCGGCGAACACAAUGCCCGACUAGAGGCCGUACUCAAACGGAUUCAAGACUACGGAUUCCGCGUUCGACUCGACAAAUGUGCUUUCCUGCAGACGGAGAUCACCUACCUUGAGUUCGUCAUCAACGCACAAGGACGACUCCCCGAUCCUGAAAAAAUCAAAUCCAGAAGAUGCCCGCUUAGCGCUCCUUCGAACACUCUUACGAAAAAGGACGUUGUCUACACAUGGACAUUGGAGUGCCAGUCUUCUUUCGGCAAGAUUAAGGCAAUUCUAAGCUCGGAUCUUCUGUUGACCCACUUUGACCCAAGUCUCCCAAUCAUCGUUGCCGCUGAUGCUCCAAAUUACGGAAAGUUCCAUCGUUUCAUCCAUGGACGACAUUUCACGCUGAGGACCGACCAGAAACCAUUUUUGGCAAUCUUCGGAAGCAAGAAAGGAGUUCCGGUCUACAGUGCCAACCGUCUUCAGCGAUGGGCCACGAUGCUGCUCAACUACAGCUUCACUAUCGAGUUCAUCAAUACAAAGGAUUUCGGCCAAGUGGAUGCUCUUUCACGUCUCGUCUUGUCACAAUCAUCGAUACCGACUAGAUCGCCUCAACAGAUGCUGAUGUCAUUUCUGAGUUCUCAGAGAACUGUGAUAUCGAAAAACUCGUUAAGACGUGUCCAAGAUAAGCAUCCGUGGCAAAGGAUACGAUCAAAGCUGAACUACAUUCAUGGCCGAAACCACACUCGAGAGACUCGAGAGACACAGACUCGAGUUCAUGCUAAUUUCGGUGAAUCGAUGGAAGGACGACACUAUUUACUUAUCGUGAACGCCUAUGCCAAGUGGCCGGAAAUCCAGAUGUCCUCGAUCUCCUCAAUGGCUACUAUCCAAGCAAUGAAGUGCAUCUUUGCCAAGUUCAGAAAUUCGCUCGUCACGGACAACGGAACGCAGUUCACGUCGUCUCAUUUCACUUCAUUCUGCCGUUUCCGAGGAAUCUUGCACAUUCGUACGCAGCCGUUCCAUCCCCAACCUCUUUUGAAGAUGUCCACAAGCAGAACGUUUUGUGGACACCUCCAAAAGAGGAUUUGCGAAGCUGAAGGGGGAAGAACCAACAGUGGACGCACUACAAACGUUUUUAAUGGCAUGCCCUGCCCGUCUGCACCUGACCAGCGUUCACCUAACGAAGCCUUACUGGGACGCCGACUGCGAACGGAACUCGAUCUAAUGUUACCUUCUAGAGAUCGCACAAAUGGUACACGAGAAAUGGAAUCUCAAUUCAAUCGUCGGAAUGGAGCAUGA